UGAACUUUUAAUUGUUUCAUAUCUAUUCUUUGCAUCUCUUUUUCUCCACUUUGCAUCUCAUUCUUCCCCACCUUUCUCUCUCGAUCGAACAACGCCUACCCAACUGUUGAAUAUAUAUAGGUGCAACCCACCGCCGAGCUACCUUCAAUUCUUUUAUCACUUCCUUUCAACGAUUUGAGUGGUGAAAUCCCUUCUGACAUUUGGGAUAUGGAGAAAUUAGAAUCGAUUGAUCUUGAAGGUGGUUCUACGUGAUAAAUGUUUUGAAGAAAAUUUGAAGUUAUUUGUCUUCUGUUGCGUUUUAAUCGCUUGCAAAAUACACUGUUCAGUCUUCUGUUGCGCUUCACUCCGUUUGUGGAUCUCCCUCCAAUUCACAAUUUGUUUUCGAACAAAUAGAGAACAAGAACUUGUAUCAAUGGAACGCAAUCAUCAAUAGAUAGACUAGAAAAGAUCUCUGUUAUGGAGCGAUUCUUGUCUUUUCCCAGUUUUUGGUAAUGGGUCAUAUACCUGAUAAUUUCACCUUGCCUUGCGUGAUCAAAGCUUGUGUCAGCGCUCCGAAUUUGAUAUGUGGACAGGUGGUUCACGGGAUGGCCGUGAAGCCAGGUUUGACCUUAGAUGAUUUUGUGGGUAAUGUGUUGGUUUCAAUGUACGAGAAAUUUGAAUUUAUUAAAGAUGCAGUUAAGGUGUUCGACUUUAUGCCUCAAAGAAACUUGAUCAAUAAACUUGCACAUUUUGUUGUUAUAGUCUCUAGGCAAUAUUCAAUGAAAGAAACUUCCAUAAGCUAUCUGGAAGGAGUGAUUGAAAAGCACCGAGCUACAAAAGAGAUGCGUAUAGAUGGAAAGUGUUUGAGUAAAUGCUUAAUAGAAUCAAGCUUGUAA